AUGAAAUCAAACGCAAACAAGACAAAAGUUUCAAGCUUUAAGACAAAGAAAAUGAAGACCCUUUUCGUUUUCCUUCUUCUUCUUCUCUGUGUUUUAACGAUCAACGCGAAUCAACAAGAAGAGAUCAUUCAAGAGAACCCACCAAUAAUAUCUCAUAAGAUUCUCUACAGAGUCCAACAAUGGAGAACUUCGUUGAAAGAAUCAAGUGCUUCAGAACUCAAGCUAUCUUCAGCAAUCAUUGUGGCUGGAGUCUUAUGUUUCCUCGCUGCUUUCAUCUCGAGCGCAGGUGGAAUCGGAGGUGGAGGUUUAUUCAUUCCGAUCAUGACUAUAGUCGCAGGGGUAGACUUGAAAACAGCUUCAAGCUUCUCUGCUUUUAUGGUAACCGGUGGAUCGAUUGCGAAUGUGAUCAACAAUCUCUUUGGCGGUAAAGCAUUGCUUGAUUACGAUUUAGCCUUGCUUCUUGAGCCUUGUAUGCUUCUAGGAGUGAGUAUUGGUGUCAUAUGCAACAGAGUUUUGCCAGAGUGGCUCAUCACUAUUCUUUUCGCCGUGUUCCUCGCUUGGUCAAGCUUGAAGACUUGUAGAAACGGAGUCAAGUUUUGGAAAAUUGAGUCUGAGAUUGCGAGAGGGAAAGGACAUGAGAGGCCUGAGAAAGGCAGAGACGAAACAGAGGAGGAUACAAAGAGCCUUAAAGCGCCUCUCCUUGAAGCUCAAGAGAAUAGAAGCAAGUCCAAGCUUCCAUGGACUAAACUUGGUGUCUUGAUUGUUGUUUGGGCGUCUUUCUUUGUCAUCUAUCUUCUCCGUGGUAACAAAGAUGGAAAGGGAAUCAUAACGAUAAAGCCUUGUGGUGUGGAGUACUGGAUUCUACUUUCACUUCAGAUACCUCUUGCUUUGGUUUUCACAAAGUUGGCUCUUUCAAGAACCGAUAGUCUGCAAGAAAGAUCCUCAAACAAUCAGAAACAUCAAGAAGGUACAAGACUGGACAAGUCCACGCGGUUAAUGUUCCCGGUAAUGUCAUUUUUAGCCGGUUUAUUGGGAGGUAUAUUCGGCAUUGGAGGUGGAAUGCUUAUAAGCCCUCUUCUUCUUCAAGCUGGGAUACCACCACAGAUAACAGCAGCAACAACUUCAUUCAUGGUGUUUUUCUCAGCAACGAUGUCUGCAGUUCAGUACUUGCUACUAGGAAUGCAAAACACAGAAGCAGCUUACUUGUUUUCCUUGAUUUGCUUCUUUGCUUCGCUUCUCGGUCUUGUUUUGGUUCAGAAAGCGGUGGCUCAGUUCGGAAGAGCUUCCAUUAUUGUGUUCUCGGUCGGAACAGUGAUGUCUCUUAGCACAGUCCUUAUGACUAGCUUUGGAGCUCUUGAUGUAUGGACUGAUUUUGUGGCAGGCAAGGACAUGGGUUUCAAACUGCCAUGUUAGGACACCAAAUCUUUGGAUCUGUGAAAUUUUUCGUUUCUUCUUUUUUCUUGUUUUACGCAAAAGAGGCUGUGAAUUGACCUCUAUGUAAGAGGGAGAUUUGGAGCAAGAUGACAUCUGUAAUGUUGAUACGUUUUUGUAAAAGUUAAUAAUUUGGGGAUGUAACUAUAGUUAAGACCUUGACUGGAAACGAAAGUUAAAUAGCUGGUGCUAAUGUUUGUAAUAUUGUGUUAAAUCUGAUGUUCUGUAAGCUCUUGAUGUAACUGAUAAGUGAUAAGUCGUUAUCAGUGGAUAUCAUGUCGUGGAUAGUCUUAGUGG